AGGAGCCAAAGCAGGAAACUAAUACUCUCUAUAAAAGGCGCUUGUAAAACGCUUAUCACGUGUGUUUAAUAGAUAUAUUUUUAUUUAAUCACAGGUUUUCCGGGUGGACAAAUGACGUAGGGCGUACCGGAAAACGUACACGGACGUAAUCCGAUUAUCUGAUCUUCAUAUAAAACCCUGACAAUUUGUGGCAUGGAUAUGAUAUGUGAAUCGUGCAACCUGUUCUGAUUGACUCUAACGCCUAUAAUCAUUAUUGUUGUUGUUUAGUAACGGCUGCUGAGGGACUCAGGAUGUGUGAGAAUGUGCUGUGGAUGAAGUGACCCUCACGACGGAGCGGUAAAUAUGUCAGUGGCAGAGCCGAAUGUUGUAGAUGAUUCGGUGUGGAAUUGUUCAUAUUGUCGUUUCUGGAGGUACAAUUAGGCCCAGUGAUGGAGACCAGAGUGUUAAAGCUCUCCAGCAGGUGCAGGGUUUAGUGUCUUGUUUUAGUGCCUCUGGCUCUGGUGCAGUAGGACGUUUCUUCUCAUGUUGCUCUUAACAAAUCGAGAACAUGAUCGGAUCCCCAGAUGUGGUGGCAUUUACCAAAGAUGAUGAUUUUGGAGAUUCUUUCCCAGACCAGUGCUCGAUCCCAGAGGAGUUCUCUGUGCCUUUGUUUCCUCAUGCAAACACCAAUCCGUGGUUAAAAACCUCCUAUGCAAAGUUCUCCAAGGAUUUCAUCCUUAUCUCAGAGUUCUCGGAGCAGGUCGGACCACAGCCGUUACUCACAAUUCCAAAUGAUCAAAAAGUGUGUGGGACGUUUGACCUCAAUUACUUCUCCCUGCGCAUCAUGUCUGUGGACUACCAGGCUUCGUUUGUGGGUCAUCCACCAGGCACCAGCUACCCCAAGCUUAAUUUUGUCGAGGACUCUAAAGUCGUCCUUGGUGAUUCCAAGGAAGGGGCGUUUGCCUACGUGCAUCACUUGACCCUGUACGAUUUGGAGGCACGUGGCUUCGUACGUCCUUUUUGCAUGGCUUAUAUUUCAGCGGACGAGAGAAAGAUUAUGCAGCAGUUCCAGCUGCUCUCGUCCGGCUUUUCCAGGGCUUCCGAGUGCUUAAAAUCAGGGAACAGAAAAGCCUUUGCGAACGAACUGGAAAAGAAACUGAGCGACCUGGAAUACACCAGAUCCGUGCUUCACAAAGAGACCGAACUGCAGAAAAUGAACAGCGGCUGUUACUCCACGCAGGUUAUCGAGAAAGCUAACGAACUGGCAAACGUGGAAAAGUCGAUCUACGAGCAUAAAGAUUUGCUGAGGCAAAUCACAUCAUAUCCUAACAGUAAAAGGACAGACUCUGAUCAGGUGCGGUGCGAGUCGGAUAACGGAGCUGAAGCGAGUUCGGUGGACCACACACUGUCUUCUAAUCAUUCUGGACAUGAGGAGAAACCAGUGGGGACAGAUAGCGGUAGUCAGCACCCGUCUUACGUCCCCCAGCUUAUUAAAGCAAAAUCUGCAAAAUGUUUCGAUAAACGCUUAAAAAACCUAGAGGAACUAUGUGAAUCUGCCUUUUUCCAUCAGACCAUGGACCAACUGAACGCGAUCGAGAAGAGCUUCAGAGGCGAUCUUUGCUUUAUUUACACCAGCCAGAUUGACCGAGCUCUCUUAAGGAACCAGAAGAUCACCAGUUUUCUUUUUGAGUCGCAACGAGAUGAUGACGACGACGAAGAAGGCUGCUCCAGGAACCUUUAUUACCCAAACCUUGCCACACAUCACGCUUCGUCCAACUUCUCUGGUGAGCCUGUGAGCCUCGAAUCCUACGCUGAUGAUGCGGAGAGAAGUCAGAAUAGGCUGGUUCUUGAAACAGUAGACGGCCCUCAGGAGUCCAGUACCUCAGACGUUACACAGGAAACCUCGGAAGAUGCCAAUGACAAUGAAAUGAAAGGGAGUUUCAGCAGUGACCGGAGCGUUGAAGCGUUUAUAAACCUUAGUCCGGGAAUUCCUGAUGUUUUUGCAAAGACGCCCAGCAGCAGCAUGGCUUGUCCCAUUACUUCCUCAUCUGAGGAACAAGGAAACGUUCAGCCUGUCGCUGCAGCUGCUGCUGGAAUGACGUCCUCUUCUCUAGAGUGUGGAUCGGAUCUGAACCAUGGCGACGUGUUUGAAACCGAAACACUGGUUCAAAUGGACACAGCAUGUUGUAUGGGACAAGAUGGUUUUAUCUAUGAGGAGCCUUUACCUGAACCAAAAGAAUGCUGUAGGGACAAGGUGGUGAAGAGCGAGCCUCUGUCCCUGCUUCAGAGAGACCAUGUGCUACAAGCGGACUACGUCUUCGGAGAGUCUUUGCUGACUGUCCCGAGGCCCAGCAUGGGGUUGACGCUUCCUGAACUCAGCCCCAGCUCUGUGUCAGAGGAGAUGGUGAAAAUGAACGUGGAGGACGUUUCUGACAACGGCAGUCAUGUGAGCACGUCCACCAGCUCCGACCGAGCAGCCUCUCCUUUCACCUAUGGCAGUCCUGUCACAAUGAGGCUGAAGAAGAAGGCAGGCCACAGUGCUCUGAGGUUCAUCAGGCAGUACCCGUUUGCUCAGCAAGCCAUAUUCUGUCUUCUGAGUGGAAGAACGCUGGUGGUUCUGGGAGCUGAUGAAGGCACCGUGAGGAAGCUGGUGAACGCCUUGUUGAUUUUCGUGCCCAACCUCGGCAAGUAUGGUGAAAGCGUGCAGCCCUGGAUUUCCACCUCAUUUCAGCUGAGCGACCUUCAGCGAUGGAAACUUGUCGGAUUGCAAAGGGUGGUUUCUCCAGCAGGUUCCAGCUUGCUCCAUUCCCUGAGCCGCUACAGCCGAUAUAUCGGCAUCCUGGACUGUGACAACAAGACGCUCCGAUGUCCGGCUUACAAAGGAGCGCUAAUCGGUCAGAUGGCAGACCACAGGACGCAGAUCAAACGAGGCAGCACAUACUAUCUCCAUGUGCAGAGCAUAUUAACUCAGCUGACGGCGAAGGCUUUCCUUUACACGUUCUGCCAUCACCUCCACCUGCCCGUCAGCACAGACCAGGACGCCGACGCCGUCAUACUGCGCAGGACUAAUUUCUUGUUGCAGCUCGGCUACACCGAGGAGGAGAGUAAAAUAAUUCGCUUCUUGAGCGAGCUCAUCAAGCACCAUUACCUUCAGGGGCCUUUAAAAGGGGUCAGCCAGUCUUACUUCAGUUUCACUUAUACCACCAGCUAUUUGUAUAAAAUCUGAAUGUGCUCUUUUGUUCAUUUAAGAAGUUAAAACUUCUGAGUUUUUUCCUUCUCUGGCACCUCUGCUGAAAUCAGGAGACCAAGAAAUCUGAAUGUAUUCGAUUCCAGUGAAUUUAUUUUUCUCCUUUUUUUCCCCAGUGUUUGCUUUACAACGGAUGGUCCGGUGUCAUCGGUGUGAUGUUUACGCUAAUGUUUACGUCUGACGUCUAGUUCAAGUAUGAACACACAAAAAAAUUCCUUUUUAGAGCCAGUUUAGGGUAAAAGUGCAGUCAACUGACAAGAAACAACCGAUUUGGAUGUUUUGGGCAGCAUUUAUCAAGAGGUGUUGAAUCUAUUUUAAACCGAAUGUGAAAAUGUAAGAUGGCAUUUACAGUACGUCACUACGGCGUUUACGUCGUAAGGUGUCGCCAUAGAUGUGUUCUUUAACCUCGUGUACCGAUUUAUUUCCAUUGAAACCCAAGAGCAGUCUGAUGGGGAUGCUGUAAAAUACUGACGCUCGAAUUCAGCGCACUUUCCUUCAGAAAUACGUCUUCUGUGUUACUCUUUAUUCCACUGUAUAAAUACUGUAAGUUAUCACAAAGAAAAAUGAACGGCGGGUUUGGAACUGACGAAAGUUUUAAGCAAGCAAACUGCCACGUGUGUUUUAGCUCUGCUACGCCCUUCGGUUUGAACAAAGUUCUGCAUUGGGGGGGGGGGGGGGUAGAAGUUCAGUAGUGCAGAAGUGUUAGAUGACAUCCUGCAUGUUUGGAAAACGCACAGGCGAACGACACGGCAGCGCUCGUUUCUAUCUCACACGUGGAUUUCCUUUAGUCUGAUGUACAAUGACGUGCAAUGAUAUAAUGUUGUCUUGGUGUUGUGUGCAAAUAGUGUGAGCAUGAGAACUUGAUGGAGUGGCUUUUUUUUUUUUUUAGUGGAUUCAGUUAAGAA